AUGGUGUCUGAUUUUUUUUACCCCAACAUUGGGGGCGUGGAGACCCAUCUGUACUGUCUCGCCCAGUGCCUAAUUGCCCGUGGCCACAAGGUAAUACUUGCUGAUGUUCAUUUUUUGAUUGUAAUCGUGACACAUGCAUAUGGGUCCAGGAUUGGGAUCAGAUACCUUCUAAACGGCCUGAAGACAUACUACUUGCCUGGUGCAAUUGUUUAUAACCAAUCUACGCUCCCAACAGUGUUUGCCUUCUUUCCAAGGCUUCGAGCAAUUUUUGUUCGCGAGCAGAUCAACAUUGUGCAUGGCCAUCAGGCAUUUUCCAACCUGUCUUAUGAGGCCAUACUGCAUGCCAAAACGAUGGGGCUCAAGACAUGUUUUACGGACCAUUCUCUGUUUGGAUUUGCAGACACCAGCUCGAUUUUAAUGAACAAGUGUCUAAAGUUUUCGCUUUCAGAUAUUGACCAUAUCAUUUGUGUGUCCAAUACCAGGUUUGAAUGGCUCGUUGACCGUAGCAAGGAGAACACGGUUCUUCGAGCCGCAUUGGAUCCACACAGGGUUUCUGUAAUUCCAAAUGCUAUCAUUCCAGAACAUCUGACGCCAGAUCCGCACGCAUCAGACCCAAAUUUUAUCACCAUUGUUAUUUUAUCUCGUCUUGUAUAUAGAAAGGGGAUGGACUUGCUGCUUGCAAUCAUCCCUAAGAUUUGCACCACCUUUCCAUAUGUGAAGUUUUUGAUCGCCGGAGAUGGGCCAAAGAAGAUUGAUUUGGAACAAAUGGUCGAGUGCCACUUUCUGCAUGGUAGAGUGCAGCUCCUGGGAUCUUUCAAGCACCACCAGGUGAGAGAGGUUUUGAUCCAAGGAAACAUCUUCUUAAAUACUUCGCUUACGGAGGCCUUUUGCAUUGCCAUUUUAGAAGCCGCCUCUUGCGGGCUUUUGGUGGUAUCGACAAAGGUUGGUGGAAUUCCAGAAGUUCUGCCCUCGCAUAUGAUCCACCUGUGCAAGCCAGAAGUUGACGAUUUGCUUUCAGAGCUCUCCAAAGCGAUAGCAAAGUUUAGGGAAAACGGCAACAAGCCGCCAUUUGAUAUGCUAAGCUUUCACCGGGAGAUAGCCAGAUGCUAUUCUUGGUCCAACGUUGCCAAAAGGACCGAGAUAGUCUAUAAUCGUUGCCUGUUAGAGAGCGUUUAUUCUACCACGCUUAUUGAGCGGCUCAGAAGGUUAGAUGAAUGCAAUUGUCCUUCACCACAGAUACUAUGGAUGCGGAAAGUGGUUCGGAAAGAUGCUUUGCCUCCUCAUUAUUUUGGACUACUUCCUUUUGCUUUUGCUAGAAUUCCUGAUGCCUGCAACGUCGAUGGAUCUGGUACCGGAGCAUCCUAA